AUGCUGUUCCUAACGAUUCUUCUAUUGGUGAUCGGUUAUGCGCUCCUGAGGAUAUGGUUGACUCGAAGGUCGCUUCCACCAGGUCCUAUUCCGAUCCCCUUUGUUGGAAAUAUGCAUCUGUUAGCAUAUAAAAUUCUGGUCGAGAAGAAGGAUUUUGCCGAGUCCAUGAGAGAUUUCGUCAAAGAGUACGGUAGCGUGCACACCUUCUGGUUCGGACCCGUUGCUACCGUACAGAUUUGUGACUAUCCAAGUGCAGCCGAAGCAAUGAUCAAGAACGGAGCUGCAACUGUCAAUAGAGCUCUACCGUUCUUGUUCGAGACCUCACGAGGUAACCAACAAGCUUCUCCUAACGCUCGCUGUUAG